GGCAGUGAAUACUGGGUGGACGUGAGCUUCUCGCUGGCUUUCUUCUACCUUUUUUUCGGGUGCUAUCACACUUGUCUGAUGGUGGCGGGUGUCUUAACCUUCCUUCAGAACUAACUCUCACUCCUCACCACAACUCGCUCAUCAGCUUCAACACAUCUCUACGAAACAUCUAGAUUUCAUUUGCUGUAUCGUUAGUGUUAUUGCACAUGGUGUCCCGACUCGUGAGGGCAGCAACCACCAUGGGCUCCAACCAAAAUCCCAAAUCUCAGUCUAAAAGCAAAGUUAUUAUCAAAGCUGUGGCUACCAAAAGCAGGAAGCAAGGAUCCACCGGUGCUGCCACCAAGAACAACCAUGCCAAACAUCUAAUCAUUAAGACCAGUACUGGGGAAGUAGACAACUCCCUCGGGAUCGACGUGCCACUGAUCGACACCAGCGAGGGGGAUGUGACCAUAACGCCAGCACUCGUUGAAAGUGAAAUCGACAAUGAGGGUGCGACCACUACUCUCAACGGAUGGAAACUGGCAAAGCGAAAAGCAAAAAAUCACAUAGGCAGCCUCCAAGACGGGGGAACUAGUGAGAACGGGGUUAAUGUCGUUACGAAAAGUGUGGCUCGGAACACUACCAAGAUGAUCAGCUCAACGAGGACGAAAACAAGCAAAUCUAAUACUAAAAAGGGAAGAUCCGUUGAAAAAAUUACUAUAACUACGAACACGGGAAAGGGGAAAGCACAACUCCUUAACGAAGUUCAGAAUCCGAUGAAGGAAGACAGUAAGAUCGUCAUCACUUCAGGACUGGGAAAGGAAGAAGCAUCACAAAAGGUCACAGCAGCAGCAGCAUCCACGCCACCGGUGGACAAAGCUGUCGAACUAACAGGCGAGACUUUAAAACUGACAGGAAGAGGCGAAAAGAAACAAACUGUAACGAAGAAAGAGACAAAGAGAGCUUCCAAAUCAUCCAAAAAGACGCUAGAAACUGAUACUAACAAAAAGUCCGGAAUCCAGAAAGCUAAAAAGAACUCCAUUUUUACUGACAAAAUCCAAGACAUACCCGAAGAAAAGAACGCUGAUAAAGCGGGUGGAAUACCUGCAAAGAAAUCUAGUGCCAAGGAUAAGCUAGAUAAGGACGGGGGCGGGGGUGAGAGCUCGGACGACGGGAUGGAUAUAGAUAUUCAAAACAUUGACGAUGAUGAUGAAGCCAGUUCAGACGCCACUGACUUCGACUCGAGAGACCCCAACGAAGAACACGUCAUCGUCCUCAAGGAAUGUGAAUCAGAAGUUGACGAGAAUAAUAAACGCAAAAAGUUUAAGUGUGCGAUUUGUGGGAAAUUCUCAACAGCAAAGGCCGACCUUUUAAAGCACGUGCGCAUACAUACCGGCGAGAGACCGUUUAAGUGCAAGAUCUGCAACGCCACCUUCGUCCAGAUCACUGCACUUCGAGGUCAUGAAACUAUUCAUACAGGAGAAAAGCCCUUCACGUGUGAUAUAUGCAUGAAGAGCUUCGCCCUGAAAGAUCGCCUGAGGCUCCACAUGAGAGUCCAUACCGGAGAAAAGCCACACAAAUGCAAUAAGUGCAACCAGGCGUUCGCUCGCCGCAGCCAGGUGACCCAACACUUGCGGGUUCACACAGGUGAGAAGGCCUACGAGUGCGCUGAGUGCGGGGCUCGCUUUACCUCCUACCACACCCUCAAGGGACACCUGAUGGCACAUCGGGGUGUCAAGGAGUUCCAGUGUGGCGCCUGUGGUAAGAAGUUCAUUCGUGUGGAAGGUCUGUACAAACACAUUCGCAUGGUACAUCGCGGUUCUCGCCCCUAUUAUUGCAACCUGUGUGGCAAAGCUUUCAAAGGUCACUUGCAACAACACAUGAGACUUCAUCUUGGCGUGCGGCCUUUCGAGUGUUCGACGUGCAAAGCUACCUUCACACAGAACUCCCAGUUGACUGUCCACAUGCGGAUCCACACUGGUGAGAGACCAUACAAGUGUCAGAUUUGCGGUGCCGCGUUUGCACAUUCCUCAGCUUGCAAAAUCCACAUGCGAUCUCACACAGGAGAGAAGCCAUUCCAGUGUGUAUUGUGUUCGGCCGCCUUCUCUCAGCUCCCCCACCUGAAGAAACACAUGAAGUGCGUCCAUAAUGCCGUGAAGCCGUACCUCUGCACCAUUUGCAAAGAUUUCUUCCAGACGCAGAGCGAGUUGGACGGCCACGAGCGGACUGACCACGGCAUGGACAAGUCUGCCGAACAGGAAGCAGAGGAAAUGGUGGAAGAAUCUACACUGGCGCGUCUGCGGAACCGUCUGGCUGUCCUCCUGUACCGCAUUUCCUCCGAAGAACGCCGCUGCAAAUUUGGCUUCGGCCAUAGGCUGGUGGACGAAGUCCUAAAGCUCUCGCUGGAGUCGUCAGGUCAUGUCCCCAUUAACGACAAGUCGCUCUCGAGGCUGGAUGAGCUGCGCAAGAAUGUCCUCCUACUGCUGAAAUGGACCAUACCCAAGGACACGCUGGAGGAGUACCACAAAAAUAACAUGACUGUUGAUGAAGUGCUCGACAUGCUGACCACUUAAUGCCGGUGAGAUUAGGCAAGCAAUAGUUCUUUAUCCUCGUCAAAACGAUAACCAAAACAGGCAGAAAAAAAAAGUAUUUAAAUGCCCACAGGCUUAUAGUUUCCAACUGAAAGAUUUUUAUAUCCCCUUUUCUAACGCUUCUCCUUUAUCAUUAUUUAUCAUAUCGGCUUUAUAUAAAAUACAGCACAGUACUGUGCUGUUGAUGUGUUCUAUUUAAAUGGGUGAAAAUGUGCAAUGUAGCUCUUAAUAUUUGUGAAAAGCAUUUUAUUAUUACUAGUAUAAAAAUUGUUAAAUGUCACACACAAACCCACAUGGAGAAAAUAAAACAAAGAUUGCUGUUUGAAGUGCAUAUACACCUAGAGUUGUGUAUACCUCAAUGCAUAUACACUGAGAGUUUACAUAUAUACCUCUUUUAAGGAUUAAAGUAUGCUUGACCUGGUGGUGUAAAGGUGAUAUACAACCUUAAUGAGCCUCAUGUAGUCGAUUGGCUUUCAGCCGCAACAAGUGCUAAGUGAAGUAGGUUUAAACCCUAUCGACUACACGAGGGCCUUCAAGACUGCGUGGGUUUAGCACUCAAGUUAUGAUUAUAAUAAUUCAAGACUGCGUGUAAGCUACUCACCACCAGUCAAUAUUGCUUUAAUUCAUAAAACAGGAAUUACUAAGUUUUCAAAGUAUAUACGCUGAGAGACACAUCAUAGUGUGUAUAUUCCAAGUACUGAAUAUUUCCUCAGCCAUCAGCUGAAGUAUAAUCAUUAUACCUUUACCUUUGGAUUUCAUAUGAUGUUCACAUAUGUGCAAAUAUCGCACAUGUGUCUCAUUUAUCAUAGUGUCGGUUUUUUAAACCAUUUGUCGGAUUUUUAAACCAUUUAUCCACUUUUCCUCUGCUUCGAAGCACAAGUGCAAAGCUCUCAGCCUCGUCUCAGUGCCGGAUUAUAGCAUAGGCUUUAAGGGCUGCAGCCCAAGGUCAUCCGCCAGCUGGAGGGCCUCUGCUAGCUGGAGGGCCUCCGCCAGCUGGAGGGCCUCUGCUAGCUGGAGGGCCUCCGCCAGCUGGAGGGCCUCCGCCAGCUGGAGGGCCUCCGCCAGCUGGAGGGCCUCCGCCAGCUGGAGGGCCUCCGCCAGCUGGAGGGCCUCCGCCAGCUGGAGGGCCUCCGCCAGCUGGAGGGCCUCCGCCAGCUGGAGGGCCUCCGCCAGCUGGAGGGCCUCCGCCAGCUGGAGGGCCUCCAGACACGUUUCCAAUUAAUUAAACAAAGAAAAUGAUUGAAUUUUGGUUGUGUUUUGUCUUCUAAAAUAUGUAAUAUUUCUUUAAAUUUUUUCACUUUUGAAAUAUCACUGGGACCCCUCACAGUACCUGUGGCCCAGGGGCCCCCUCACAGUACCUGUGGCCCAGGGGCCCCCCUCACAGUACCUGUGGCCCAGGGGCCCCCUCAGUACCUGUGGCCCAGGGGCCCCCCUCACAGUACCUGUGGUCCAGGGACCCCCCUCACAGUACCUGUGGCCAAGGGGCCCCCUCACAGUACCUGUGGCCCAGGGGCCCCUCACAGUACCUGUGGCCCAGGGGCCCCCUCAGUACCUGUGGCCCAGGGGCCCCCCUCAAAGUACCUGUGGUCCAGGGGCCCCCCUCACAGUACCUGUGGCCCAGGGGCCCCCUCAGUACCUGUGGCCCAGGGGCCCCUCACAGUACCUGUAGCCCAGAGGCCCCUCACAGUACCUGUGGCCCAGGGGCCCCCUCACAGUACCUGUGGCCCAGGGGCCCCUCACAGUACCUGUGGCCCAGGGUCCCCCUCACAGUACCUGUGGCCCAGGGUCCCCCUCACAGUACCUGUGGCCCAGGGGCCCCCUCACAGUACCUGUAGCCCAGGGGCCCCCCUCACAGUACCUGUGGCCCAGGGGCCCCUCACAGUACCUGUAGCCCAGGGGCCUCACAGUAACUAGCCCAGGGGCCCCCUCACAAUACCUGUAGCCCAGGGGUCUCAGUACCUGUAGCUCAGGGACCUCAGUACCUGUAGCCCAGGGGUCUCACAGUACCUGUAGCCCAGGGGUCUCACAGUACCUGUAGCCCAGGGGUCUCAGUACCUGUAACCCAGGGGCCUCACAGUACCUGUAACCCAAGGGCCUCACAGUACCUGUAACCCAGGGGCCUCACAGUACCUGUAGCCCAGGGGCCUCACAGUACCUGUAGCCCAGGGGUCUCACAGUACCUGUAACCCAGGGGCCUCACAGUACCUGUAACCCAGGGGCCUCACAGUACCUGUAGCCCAGGGGCCUCACAGUACCUGUAACCCAGGGGCCUCACAGUACUUGUAGCCCAG